AUGUCGAUCUUCGAGUACAACGGGAGCGCCGUGGUGGCGAUGGUGGGGAAGAACUGCUUCGCGAUCGCCAGCGACCGCCGCCUCGGCGUGCAGCUGCAGACGAUCGCCACCGACUUCCAGCGGGUGUUCAAGAUCCACGACAAGCUCUACAUCGGGCUCUCCGGGCUCGCCACCGACGCCCAGACGCUGUAUCAGCGGCUGGUGUUCAGGCACAAGCUGUACCAGCUGAGGGAGGAGAGGGACAUGAAACCCGAGACCUUUGCCAGCCUUGUUUCAGCCCUCCUCUAUGAGAAAAGGUUUGGGCCGUACUUCUGCCAACCAGUUAUUGCUGGCCUAGGAGACAACGAUGAGCCAUUUAUAUGUACAAUGGACUGCAUUGGUGCCAAGGAACUAGCAAAAGAUUUUGUGGUCUCUGGUACUGCUUCAGAGUCGCUUUAUGGUGCUUGUGAGUCCAUGUAUAAGCCAAACAUGGAACCUGAAGAACUGUUCGAGACAAUCUCACAAGCAUUGCAGGCAUCUGUUGAUCGCGACUGCCUCAGUGGCUGGGGAGGUUAUGUUCUUAUUGUCAUGCACGUGCUGUACCGUAUGGAGGCAGAGGCUGACAAGGAGAGAGGAGACACCGGGCUAAACGGCGGCGGCGGCAACGGUCACCGUGGUCACCACCGCGGCGUCAGCGCCGCCACACCGGUUGAGCUCAACCUCCUGGCCGGGAUGGUCGGCGUAGGCGGCGCCCACCAGAACGCCGUGCGCGCCGCGCAGCCGCUGCCUGUGGUCGUCGUGCCGCUGGACGUGGCGCGGUCACCGGCGGCGGUCGAGUCGGAGCCGCCGCAGCUGUUCGCGUGCCACUACUGCCUGCGGCAGUUCUACAGCUUGCAGGCGCUCGGCGGGCACCAGAACGCGCACAAGCGCGAGCGCACGCUCGCCAGGCACCGCGGCGACACGGCGGCAGCGCCACUCGGGGUCGGCCACGACCACAUGCACGCCGCCCAUGGCGGCGGCGGGCCGGCGCCGUUCGCCGUCGUCCAUGGCACCUUCGUGCAGGCUGCAGCGGCGCCGGCACCGGCGCUGGAGUGGAAUGACGCACGGAGCGGCCAGGCUCCACCCGUGGUGGUGGUGGCCUCCGGCGAGCAGCUGUUCACUGGUGGAUACGUUGACGGCCCGGGGGUUGGAGUUGGACAAGACGAGCUGCCGCCUAAGCUUGAUUUGACUCUGAAGCUGUGA